AUGGCGCUCGCGACGCGUUUCAGAUUAACUAAAACACAGGAUGAGAGUUUCAUCGAUAUUACAAAGAAUUUACCAUCUCUUCAGUUCGAGAGUGCACUCUCGGAUGAUGAGAAAAAACUUAUGAUACUGAGACCAAUAAAUCAUGCAUUAACAGUCACACACUGUGCUUUAGUCACUGUUGUGGUUGACGUCUUCAAAAUGGCUAGGAAGAUUCUGUUGUCAUUUUUGGAUCAAAAUAAACCAGAAACAGACAGUGACAGUGAGGACAGAGAUCUACCGAUUGUUGGAAUCAUUGGCUGUGGGAGGCUGGGAAGGCAAAUUGUCAACUGUCUCUUAACGUACGGACAGCUCCUUCCAGCUAGACUAAAAAUCUCCACCAGAAGGCCUGAAAGUUUAGGUCUGCAGGAAAAGGGGCUUGAAUGUUAUUUCAACAAUAAACGACUGGUUUCCUCUGUGCAUGUCAUUAUACUAUGUGUCUUGCCAUCUCAAAUACCCUGUGUUGCUGAAGAAAUCAAGGACUGCAUAUCAUCUUCUCAGAUUGUGAUCAACCUAUCCAGCAGCCUUUCUUCAAGGAAACUGUGUCAGAUCAUGCAUUCAUCAAACAUUCUCAGCCCUAUGCUACAGUGGUCGUGUGAGAAUCCAGAAGUGAAGUAUGAACACAGCCUUGAUGUUAUUUCAGCAUUAGUGAACAGAGAGACUGUCUUACAUACAUGCCCCCUUGGUGUGCGGAAAACAGGUAUGAUAGUUAGAACCAAUCCCCGUCUGGCAGAAACCCUCAUCCUGGCUGUGGUUAAUAUGUGCAGCAAGCAAGGACUGUCUCAGGAGCAGAGUCUCACCAUCAUCCAUACUGCUGUAUUUGGAGACAGUGCUAAGAAGAAUCAAGUAAAUUACGACAGAUUAUUACCACAAGAUUUCGGAAUUACUGAAAUAUCGGAAGAUACUAAUAGAUGCUUUCCAUUCUACAAUUUAGUGGAUGUUUUUGAAAAUGGAUCACAUUUGUCAAAAGUACUGUUGGAAAAUGAAUCCCUACAGACGGCAUUCAUCUCUAGAUAUUGCCAUGUUUUUGAAGACUAUAUUCAUAAGAGAAAAUACGGACACCUAUAA